AUCCAACCAGAGUUGUAAAUUGUUACAAUUGGAAUUUAUUCCUACCAGAAAUAAUUUAACUGUAGGGCAAGAUGCAAAGCACAACUAUAGUUAAAUGAAAUAUGGAUCUGGCCCAAUUAAGAAUUUUAUUUAAAAGAAUCCACCGACCCAAGAGUUGUAAUAACGAUUCCAAUUGGAAUGAAUUCCUACCUAAAUAAUUUAACUGUAGGGCAAGAUGCAAAGCACAACUAUAGUUAAAUAAAAUAUGGAUCUUGGCCCGCUAGGGUAUUCUUCAAAUAGAAACCCCAGAUGGCAAACAACAACACAAACAACCUCGCCCUGCGUUCCAUUCUGGAUAAAGAUAAAUUGAACGGAACAAACUUUGUUGACUGGAAACGCAAUCUCUGCAUUGUUCACCGCAUGGAUGAGAAAGAGUAUGUGCUCGAAAAGCCCAUUCCUCCUGCCCCUCCCGCUAACGCCCCGAAAGCGGUCAAAUAUGCCUACGAGAAACACGUUAAGGAUGACAACCAGGUUAGCUGUGUCAUCCUGGCUACCAUGAUGCCCGAGCUGCAAAAACAGCACGAGGACAUGAAGGCCCACGAGAUGAUCGUGGCCUUGCGGCAGCUAUACCAGGGGCAAUCCAGGCAUGAACGUUUUCUCGUGAGUAAGGCUCUCUUUAGUUGCAAGCUAUCUUCAGGGAACCCAGUCGGUCCGCACGUUCUCAAAAUGAUUGGUUACAUAACCAAUCUGGAGAAACUCGGGUUCUCCUUGCAGAAGGAGUUGGCAACGGACCUGAUCCUGCAGUCGCUCCCUGAGCUAUAUAAGGGUUUUGUCAUGAACUACAUGAUGCAUGAUCUUGACAAACCCCUUCCGGAGCUUCUUAAAAUGCUCCAGACUGCAGAGGAGAACCUUACUAAGGGCAAGGGUGCUUCCGUCCUUAUGGUCCAAGGCGGAAAGGGGAAGCCGAAGAAGGGGAUUAAGAUUAAGGCUAGGACGGUCGGAAAGCCUAAAUCGAAGUCCACUUCAUCUGCAACCCAGAAACCCAUAGGAGGAGUUGCAAAGGGCAAAUGUCAUCACUGUGGUAAGGCAGGCCACUGGAGAAGAAACUGCAAGACAUACCUCGCAACCAAGAAGAAGGAAGGUACGACCAUUUCUUCUGAGGUGUAUGUUAUAGAAGUUAACAUGUCUAUAUCUUCAUCAUGGGUACUAGAUACUGGAUGUGGGUCUCAUAUCUGUACUACCAUGCAGGGACUGAAGCAGAGUAGACGGUUAGCUCGAGGCGAGAUUGAACUCCGAGUCGGCAAUGAUUCAGUUUAUAUGGAUGUUCGAUGCAUUAGAUAUGCUUACUCAGCUUCAACGCUGAGCGUGUAGUAUGUUUUAUUUGCUACACGCAGGUUAAUGAAGUGACGUGAUCCUG